AUGAUGAUUCGAAGUGGUAUAGUGUUUUUAUUGUGUUUGGCGAGUGUCCUGGGAAAAGGAUAUGAAAACUUCAAAAUCUACGAUGUUAUAGCUACGAAUCAAAAACAAGGAAAUGUCCUAUUUGAACUUUCCAAACAAGAUGAUUACGACUUCUUUAUACUACCAAGAAUUUUAAACCAAACUUCCAGAGUUAUGGUACCUCCUCAAAAACAAAGAGAAUUCUUACGAAUUCUUGGUAAAAAUCGAAUGGAUUAUAAUCUUUUGAAUGCAAAUGUUGGAAAAACUAUCGAAGCCGAAUUUGCUGCAAAUAGAAAACCUCGAACCUGGAACUCCCGAAAACUUGGAACUGAACGUUAUCAUUCUCACGACGAUAUUAACAAUUAUCUUGAUGUCCUAGCUGAAGAAUAUCCUAGUCGAGUGUUUGUAAAAAAAGUUGGUAAAACUUAUGAAAACCGGACAAUGAAAACUAUUACCAUUACAAAUGGAGAUGGCAAAGCUAACAAAAAGAUCAUCUUUGUGGAUGGUGGAAUGCAUGCUCGUGAAUGGAUCUCUCCAGCAGCUGUAGUCUAUGUUAUCGAACAGCUCGUAGAGAACUACGAAGAAAAUAAGGAACUUCUAGCAGACUACAAUUGGGUUAUAAUGCCUGUGGUAAAUGCUGAUGGUUAUGAAUAUACUCAGCAAUCAACUUCUAAUCGAUUUUGGCGAAAAACUAGAACUCCUUACAAAGGUUCAUUAAAUCGCAAUUGUCAUGGUGCAGAUCCAAAUAGAAACUUCGACUUCCAUUGGAUGGAAGAAGGUGCAUCAUCAAGUCCCUGUUCAGAAACUUAUGCUGGUCCAUCGGGAUUUUCUGAACCAGAAACUCGAGUUGUAAGGGACGUUUUGACUUCAAUUCAAGAUCGUUGUAAAUUCUAUUUGACUAUUCAUUCUUAUGGACAAUAUUUGUUGUAUCCUUGGGGAUGGAGCUCAGAUCUUCCUGAAACUUGGAAAGAUUUAGAUGAAGUUGCUAUGGCUGGUUAUAAUGCAAUUUUGAAAGAAACUGGAACCAUUUACACUGUAGGAUCAUCAACUAAUGUUUUGUAUGUGGCUGCCGGUGCAAGUGAUGAUUAUGCAUUUGGAGUAAAUAAUAUUCCAAUUUCGAUAACAAUGGAAUUACCUGGUGGUGGAACUAUGGGUUUUGAUCCACCAGUGUCGAGUAUUGAUGGAUUUGUUAAAGAAACAUGGGUUGGAAUUAAGGCUAUGGGCUUGAAGGUUAUUGAAAAGUAUUAAGAGAUCAUAAUAUUUUAUACCUUAGUUGAAUUAAAUAAAUUACCAGUUUAAUUUUUUGUAUAA